ACUUGUGUCUGGAAGCAGAUCACACCGCAGCUCAUUAGCUCAGAAGACUCUGGACUGCUAAGCCCUCACCAUUACAAAAGUAAACCAUGCCAAACUACAAGCUGACCUAUUUCAAUUUCAAAGGGAGAGGGGAGAUUCUACGCUACAUAUUUGCCUACACAAAUACUCCAUUUGAAGAUCAUAGAAUUGAAUACAGCGAUUGGGCCGCCCAUAAAUCUUCUUACCCGUAUGGAAAGCUCCCGGUUCUAGAAAUUGAUGGAGUUAUCUAUAGUCAGAGCCUUGCUAUUAGCAGAUACCUGGCCAAACCAGCAGGUCUGAGAGGAAAAACAGAGAUCGAUGAUCUUAACAUUGAUAUCACAGUCGAUCAUUUGGAUGACUUGGUGACAUUAUUUCCUUGGGAAGGUGAUGAAAAGAAAAUAAAAGAGUACAUGGAAAAGAAUGUUCAUCCAACCCUUUCUGGCUUGGAGAAGGCUUUGGGUGACAAGAAAUGGUUUGCUGGUGACUACGUAACGUGGGCUGACUUUUUCUGGGACAACUGCUGUGACAUGUUUGGGCAUCAUCAACCUGGCUUUGAAAAUGCCUAUCCUCAUUUACUGGCUCUGAGAAAGCGAGUGCAAGAAAUCCCAGCAAUUGCAGCAUGGAUAAAGAAACGACCCGAGUCUCUAUUCUAAUGUCUUCUGCAGAGUCGUGUUGCUUUAAAAAAAAUUAUUGGUCUAAAUAAAGCUAAAGGAUGCAGCUUCGGUAUCCAA